AUGUCUGGCCUGGCCACCAUGGACUCCAAGGCCUGUGGGAAGAUGGGUGUGAUCACCAUCACCUACUACCUUUGGACAACCUUCAUGGCAGUGACUGUCGGGAUCAUCCUCGUGGUCAGCAUCCACCCUGGGGCAGCUGCCCAGAAGGACAACUACGCUGUGGGGAAAGUGGUGCUCAGCUCCGCUGAUGCGUUACUGGAUUUAAUCAGAAACAUGUUUCCGUCUAAUCUCAUUGAAGCUUCGUUCCAGCAGUAUCGAAGUGUUCUUGUCCCAGUGGUGAAAUCUCCUGGCUUUCCAAAGAUCAGAGGGAAAUCUCUCAGUUUUAUUUACUUUGCACCCGAUGAUGAAAACCCUGAAAUUCAUCGUCCUGUGUUCCUUGAGCUGACACCAUCACCUGAGAUGACCUACAGGACCCUGCCUGGGACCAGCAACGAGAUGAACGUCUUGGGAAUCGUCAUCUUCUCAGCAACAAUAGGACUUCUCCUGGGAAAAAUGGGUGAGCGAGGAACUCCGCUGGUUAACGUGUGCCAGUGUCUGAAUGAAGCAGUUAUGAAAAUUGUCUCCAUGGCAGUUUGGUACUUCCCAUUUGGCAUUGUAUUUCUCAUCGCUGGAAAGAUCCUGGAGAUGGAAGACCCAUCAGUUAUAGGCCAGAAGCUGGGACUGUAUGCCAUUACAGUAUUGUCAGGGCUCAUCAUCCACGGACUCAUUCUCUUACCUUUGCUUUUUGUGCUCAUCACCAAGAAAAACCCCUUUGCUUUCAUGCAAGGGAUACUGCAAGCCUUGCUGAUCGCCUUGGCUACAUCUUCCAGCUCAGCGACCUUGCCCAUCACCCUGAAGUGCCUCCUGGAAAACAACGGAAUAGACAGACGCGUGGCACGAUUUGUCCUCCCCGUUGGUGCCACCAUCAACAUGGAUGGCACAGCACUGUACGAAGCGGUCGCUGCUAUCUUUAUUGCCCAGGUCAAUGAAUAUGACUUGGAUUUGGGACAAAUUAUAACGAUAAGCAUAACAGCAACAGCAGCAAGCAUAGGGGCAGCCGGGAUCCCCCAGUCCGGACUCAUUACGAUGGUCAUUGUGUUAACUUCUGUUGGGCUGCCAACUGAUGACAUCACACUCAUCAUCGCAGUCGACUGGGCUCUGGAUCGAUUUCGAACUAUGACCAAUGUCCUAGGUGAUGCUCUGGCUGCUGGCAUCGUAGCACACAUCUGCGAGAAAGACUUUGCCCCAAAACCCUCCACGCAAGAUCCAGUACACAACACAGACAAGUUUCCUUCUGUAGAGACCUCAUUUCUGCAUUACAAAGACAACAUGAUCGAAAUGAUUGAAGAAACUUUGUUUGAUGAGACAGGAGUUCAUUACAACAUCUGUCAGGUGUAG